AUGACUGUGGCUGCAGCCCGGCACCUGGCCACAUUUCACACCAGAAACGCGCUGUCUGCCGGCACUGCCAACUUUGAUGUGGACACCGGUGACUCAAAGUCCACCAGGGCACGAGCCGUCGCAUCCGCGCACUGUUUGGAGUCGGAUUGGGAAAUGGCCCCCAACCACAACCGUGCCCCACCCCACGUCCCAAGAGUUCGCGGGCCGAAAGCAGUAAGCCACGCGCCGAGAAUAUCCAGCAAAGGUCCGAUGUUGAUCAUGAUCAUCAACUUUGUUCGCACCUCACAAACUGGACCAGCACAUUACGGCCUAGCACGAUUUGUACAGAUAGAUGACAUGGCGGCUCCCACGGCAAACAAGCUAAAACUGAUGAGAACCGUCAUUACUACCGUAAUCCGACCCAACGCUAGGAAAAGUAUCGUCGCGGAGAAUUUGGUUCGGAUAUUGGUCUUCCAGACUUCCACCGCUGCCAUGGCGCGAACGCGGUGCACGUGGCAGCGCCGUACGACUCGAGUAGCUGUCCAUGCUCUGGUAGCCUACAAAUGUUCCGACGGCAUUCUAAUCGAGCACUAG